GGGCCAGGGAAGUUUCCAGUGACUGUUCCGCGAGCAGGCUGCAGGAACGAAAGAAGUGGAAGGACGGGUCCCAGGAUGCUGCUGUUUCGUGGGCGUUGUGGUUAGAGUAUUGAACGAAGUGGAUUUGACACUACAAUUUGAAAGAAUAUGGGUGGGGCGCAAUCCCUGGGACUGCCUUCUGCAAAAGGACCCCACAACGUUGGCUGCACAGACGUCAUGAUUGAUAACAGCAGACAGGGCAGUUUCUUUCGUUUGUACUAUCCCUGUGAGGCCAGUGGCGAAGUGAAGCACCCACUAUGGAUUCCCCACUACGAGUACUGCAGAGGCCUCGCAGAUUAUCUGAAUAGAGAUAAGAGGUGGUGUGCCCCCCUGCUCAACAUGGCAUUCGGUUAUUAUGAAGUUCCAGUUGGAUGGGAUGCUCCUUUCAAAGCUGCAGAGAAGUACCCACUGAUUAUAUUUUCUCACGGCCUUGGGGCUUUCAGGACCGUGUACUCUGCUGUCUGCAUCGAGUUGGCAUCUCAAGGAUUUAUUGUCGCUGCUGUCGAGCACAGAGAUGAAUCAGCCUGCACAACCUUCUUUCUGAAGUCUCCUGUUGAGGAUUUGGAGCCAUCGACUGGGGCAACAACUGCUGUGCAGCAGCCUCUCGAAGGUUCUGGGAUUCCACUAGCCUCCCCGCCUGAAAUGGAUAAAGAAUGGCUUCCCUUUAGGAAACUAGACACGGCCAAUGAAGAUUUUGCUUUUCGGAAUAAACAGAUGUGCCAGCGAGUGGAGGAGUGUAGCCGGGCUUUGGAUGUACUUACAGAUAUCAACAACGGGAAGCUCAUCAAAAACGGCCUUCCUGGUCACUUGGAUGUCUCUGUUAUGAAGGACUGCAUUGACCUGAAGAGGGUUGCAGUGAUGGGUCACUCAUUUGGAGGCUGCACAUCAAUUCUGGCAGUCAGUAGGGAUUCACGGUUCAGGUGCGCAGUGGCCUUGGAUAGCUGGAUGUUCCCACUGACUGACGAUAUUUAUUCCAAAGCAUUGCCUCCUGUGUUCUUUGUGAACUCGCAGAAAUUCCAAACCAGUGACAGCAUUGAUAAAAUGAAGAGGCUGUGCUCUAAUAACAAUGAAAUUAAAAUUAUCACCAUAGUAGGGUCAGUGCAUCAGAGUCAGACGGACUUCACACUACUGACUGGCCAGUUGCUGAGCUUGGCAUUCGAAACAAAGGGAACCAUAAAUCCUAUAGAGGGUCUGAACAUCACCAAUAGGGCCUCUCUGGCUUUCCUGCAGAGACAUUUGGAUCUACAAAAGAACUUUGACCAGUGGGAUGCCCUUUUGGAAGGGGUUGGAGACCAUGUGGCUCCUGUGAACUGAAUCCUAUCUUCAGGCUUAAACCAUCUUGGUGUUUGACAUUGAAUCCAACUGGUUAUUGAUGUGAAUGCUGAUGAAAUUGUACACCGUUGACCGACUCUCCAUCGGUUAAAUACUCUGAUGUCAUGUCUGUGAUCCUGAAUGACACAUGGUGUGGUAUUGCUGUCACUAAUGCACACCUCAUUUGCCCUGAUUCUAAAUGAAUACAUUUGGCUCCCUGUUGAACAAUCUCAAUAUUCAGCAUAUGACAAACUCCCUUUAAACAGAUAAGUUAGAGAGAAUCAUUUUUAUUUCCUGAAUGAUGGGGGAUAGCGUUUGGGCUGGCUAUGGUGCGGCAGUCACUGAAUGUAAAUUGGCAUUCAUUUGAUCUGAGCCUUUGCAGCAAUCAGCACUUUCAAGAGCUGUGAGGAACAUAGUUGCCAUGUGUUUUCAUUGGGCUGUAGUUACAAUGCUGAAAUGUAGUUGUCAAGAAUUAUUUGAAUCCAAGGAAAUGGAAAUAUUUGAAGAUUGCAAAGGGUUGUUGUGGACAAUGGCAAUAUCUACAUCAUUGAGAAAUGUAGGGAAGUCUAACCCUGCAUAGUUUUGCUUUGAAGUUAUUUUUGUGUAUUUUUCAAGUACUGCUGGGAUUUCACUGCUCUGUCCAGCAGUAACUGGCACAGCGUUAUUCAACAGCGUUCAUAUAUUAGAAUCAUAAGUGUUUCUAAGAAUUAACUAAUUGUAAUUUUCAUGCUAGGAUUUCUGUAAUUCUGAUUUCAUUCUUCUAAGAAAGUCCAAUUGUGAGAAGCUAGUCUACACUUUGAUCUGCAUAGGAGGUGCAGAAGUUGAGGAGUCUGUCGCACUGUAGGUUGUCGUCUUCAGUAAUUAUGCAGCUUAACAACUUCAGAAAGCAUGAAAAAUCACCAAUACUGAGUGGUUAAGUCACAUGAAAAAACAAGUUUACAUUCAUUUAUAUUGAACAACUUCAUGUCAUCCUGAAGUGUUUUGAAGCUAAUUAAGUAUUUUUUGAAAAUGUUGUUGCUGCUGCUUUAUGUAUCUAAUUUGCACACAACAAGAUUCCACAAAGGGCAAUGCCUGUGUUAUUUAAUGAUAUUGAAGAAGGUCAUCUUCCAUCCCAAUAUGCUGCUCUUCCCAUAGUCCCAUGUGCACAUUUACAUACAAAUCAAGUAAGCAUUGUAGGUCAAACUCCCUAAAGUGAAUUAUGUGAGAUCUUAAUGAUUAAUCUUGUAAAUUAGUGAUUACAUCAUUCUGUUGGGAAAUGGAUGAAACUUUAUCAAAGAGGUACAUUUUAAGGAGUGUCUCAAAGGGGAACAGCAAGGAAGAGAGGCAGACAGGUUCAUGGAAGGAAUUUUGGAACUCCAGAGCAGGGGUGUUGACAAGAGUCGUCAAUCCUGGAAUGAAGAAAAUUGAGCAUGUGCAAGAGGCCCGGUUAAGGAGCACAGAGAUCUUAAAGGGCUGUUAGGCUUGGGAAUGUUGGAGGUGGAGAGUGAAGAGGCCAGGUAGAGAUUUAAAACAAGGUUGAGAAUUUUGAAAUUGACAUGGUUGAGAGAGUGAAUGUAGGUUAGUGAGCACAGUAAUAAAUGAAUGGGGCUUAGUUCAAGUUGGGAUAAUUGUUGUAGAUGCUGUUAGUUCAACCUACUCUGACUUAUGGGACGCAGAAUAAUUCUGGAUUCCCACUCCCAGUGCUGGCUAUUUUCAGGGGUGUGGGAUAAGGGCUCUGGUAGUAAAUUUGCACCCUAACCUAGCUAGUUCUAGUGCAGGGGAUAAGCAUCUCCUUUGCUCAAAUUUUGUGGAGUCAAGCCAGCUUCUUAAUAACAUAUUGUUGAUGGAUUCUGAAUUCAGAAACCUUUAUGAAAGGUAUAUUUAGAAAGCCUUACUCCUAUCACCUCCCUGUCUACUCAGCCAGUGUGCAGAACAAAUGAGCCAUAUAAUAACCACACUAAAUUUUGAAUUGCUUAUCACUGAGAAAAGAAAAAUGUAAAUUCAAAAUUAUUUGUUGAAAGAUAAAGGUGUUAAUAUGGCAGACCCAUUCUACAGUCAUAGUCACAGAUGCAUACAGCACAGAAACAGAAUCUUCAGUCCAAUACGUCCGCGCUGAACAGACAUCCCAAUGUGAUCUUGUCCCAUUUUCCAGCAGUUUGUCAAUAUUCCUCCAAGCCCUUACUAUACAUAUAACCAUCCAGCUGUUUGUAAUUGCACCAGCCUCCACCACUUCCUGUGGGAACUCAUUCCAUACAUGCACCACCUUCUGUGUGAAAAUGUUACCCCUCAGGUCCUUCUAGUUUUGGACACCCCAACUCAGAAGAAAGACCUUGGAUAAUCACUCUAUCCAUAACUGUUGUGAUUUUAUAAGCCUCUAUAAGGUUACCCUUCAACCUCUGAUGGUCUAGGGGGGAAAAAAGCCACAGUUUGUUCAGCUUCUUCCCAAUAACUAAAACCCUCUAGUCCUGGCUACGGCCUUGUAAAUCUUUUCUGCACCCACUCCAGUUUAAUAACAUCAAUAACUGAAGCUUUUACUUCACACCUAUUGAUUUUGUCCAGGUAUUAAAAUAAAAAGCAAAGAAAUAUUAACUUCUUAUAACCUCAAAGUUAUCAAUAAAUCAAACAUUCCAGACUGUGAAAACUGACUCUUGUUGAGCUAAUCUGUCUUGAGCCUUGGAGCUCAGCUAUGCAUUCAUCAUAUCGGUACCUGACAAGCAAAACAAGAAAACCAGACAUCUAUUUCUCCAAGAUAAUAAAGUGUGAAGC